AUGUCCGAUCAUCCCCCUCCAACACCGAACUUAAACAACUCGUGCAUCUACUCAACUAAUGCACCGAUCCACUCUCAAAAUCUCAAUAACUCCCAAAACCCUCCAGCAACUCCCAUCAACUUAAACUCGAGCGACGUCGUAUGGGUCUGCGCAAACACCAACACUACUAAUCCAGCCACCCCUCUGCAGCUUAUAUCCUAUCCUCACCCCUCUUCCUAUAUCUCCUCACCUUCUCCAGUCAUCUUGGCUUAUCCCGGAUCUCAGUCUCUUCAGCAAGCCAUACCACCUGCUCCUUCGGUACCGAACUUGACAUCUACUGUAUCAUCGACCCCUGCUGUGAUGGGGCCAACUUCCGAUAAGCCCAAGAGAAAACCGCGUGGAUCUGGCACUCGCACUUCGAAGAAGAAUAGUAAGAAUUCUUCUUCGGCUUCAGCUUCAACUACUCAAGCAUCAGUUCAAGGGAUUUCAACCGCACCAUCAUCAGUUCAAGACACCUCAGGUGCGAUAUCAUCAGUCGAAGGUUUGACCGCUGAACCACCUGUACAAAACACUUCAAUCGAGCAGUCACCGGUUGAAGACAAUUCCACCUCUCAAAACCCAGUUCAAGACGAUUCAACCACUCAAAAACAAAUCUCGUGGGUGAAAGAUACAAAUGAAGAUGGCAAAUCAAUGCUCGAUUUGAUAGUCGAGUGGUUAUGUUUCACGUGGGGUGAUCAAGAUUCUCCCAAUGACUCGGAGUGGAUGUGCAUGGAGAGCUACGAUACCGAAGCAACUAAUUACUCACGAUAUCGCAUGGGUAUUCCAAAAAAGAAAGAAUGUGCAGAAAGGUGUGGUAAGUUCCUCUCGGCAAAGGGUUUCAGUGGAUUCGCCUGGGCUGGUGUUAAACAGCAGAUUGAUAUCUUGGAGCGUAAAUUCCAUGGGGCCGAUGACUGGCGUACAGGAACCGGUGGUGGAGUGAUGAUGAUUGAGAAUACCGAGGCCGAAAUUGUCGCACUACGUGAAACUGACCAAUGGUCUCCCGAGUUGGAGGAAGAAAUGAGGGAGUCGACUGCUAAAACAACCAAAGACAUUUUACUUAGUAAAUGUUCUUACUACGAUGUCCUCCUUCCAAUCAUGAGCAAUCGUCCUAGCAAUGAACCUAUGAACGCAGCUGAAACCGGUAUGAUCAACUCGAACGCUUCAACACAACUGUCGGCCGGCCCUGUCGAAGAAACCUUAUCGACUCAAUACUCUGGGUGGGAUCAAACUCAAUCAAUUGAUAUCAGCAAUGACGAAUUACGCCGAGUUCUUGAGGACGACAACCUCCUCAAUAACAAUGAAGUGGCCCUCCGAGAACCCUCUAGCUCAACACCCCUUCAACGCACUGAUAGCUCUCCAUCUGUCACUCGAUCGAAAUCAAACUCACGAGCCGCUUUUAGUCCAGCCAACAACUUAUCCAAGAACGAUUUUUCAAGACGCAAUUUAGGAGGCUCGGGGAUACUCAAAUCAUUUCAAUCAUCAUUACCUACUCAAGCCGAUUUCAAACAGAUGAAUGAAAACAAUAAGGCAGCCAAUGAAAAUCAAAAACUCAUGAUGGAGCAAGUAGCUGGAGCGACCCAUGGGAUGGCCAGUUUGAUUGAAUCACGCUUUGGAAAUUCAAACUUAAACAACAAACGACCAAUUGAAGAAGAAGAUUUGACACCUGAGGCGAUAGAAAGAAGACAAGCUAAGAAGAAGAAACAAGACGAGCUUGAGAUUUUGAAAUUGGAUCGUGAAUUAGCUCAGGAGCGUAGAGCGUUGGAAGAUCACACGCAAGGGUCAGGCCUUUCGAAGCUUGAAUUAGCUCGCGAAAAAAUCUCGAUGAUUGCCAAACUUUUGGCAUCAACCAUUCCAUUUAACGAGGCUGAACGGAUGGCUCAGGCUGCGCUUGACGAUUUGAAAUAA